UCUGGACCGGAUGUUAUUCAUGCUGUGCCAGCCAUUAGUCUAAGAUAGUCCCGCUAACAUUCCCCGCAGCAACGCGGCCCGGACAAUGGCCGAGUUCGGGUCUUGUCAGCGGCUGCAAAAGCCAGCACCAGAACACACACACACACACAUACACACGCAUACGCACACUCACAUACACGAAUCAGUGUGUGUCGGUAGUAGUACCGCACCUGUGUUUCGUGUCCUGUCGGCCGAUUGCCAGAUAUACACACAUUUACGAAUAUCUUCAAAUUUUGCCAAAGCUCAUAAAAUCCCUCAAACUUGUUGGCUUGUCACCCGACAUUGACUCGUAUUGCCCGGUGUGUGUGUUGAUCCCAUCCACCACGGAGUAUUCCUAGCAAGGGUGAAAUCGUACCCGGAAUACUCCGUGGUGCAGACGCAA